CUUCAUCAGGCUAAAUCACCUUUUCCUUUCCUCUUCCUGCAGACCAGCGGCAGGCAUGAUGAGCACGAAGGCCUUCACGCUGGUCCCUGCCGUGGACCGGGAGCUGCUGGCGGGCGACAGGGAGCGCGUCAGCAUAGAGUGCGUGGAGUGCUGCGGCAGGAACCUGUACGUGGGCACCAGCGACUGCGCCAUCCACCACUUCCUGCUGGAGGAGCACACCCUGCCCGCCGGCCUGGCCACCUUCACGGCCACCAGGCAGCGGCAUAGACCCCUGGGCUUCAGGAAGCCCGUGACUGAGCUGCGAGCCGCCUCGGCCCUGCACCGGCUCCUGGUGCUGUGCGACUGCUCCAUCACCCUGGUCAACAUGCUGAGCCUGGAGCCUGUGCCCUCAGGGGCCCGCAUCAAAGGGGCCCUGGCAUUGGCCGUGAACGAGAACCCCGUGAGCGCGGACCCGUUUUGCGUGGAGGUCUGCAUCAUCUCUGUGAAACGCCGAACCAUCCAGGUGUUCAUGGUGUACGAGGACCGGGUUCAGAUCAUCAGGGAGGUGUCCACGCCGGAGCAGCCGCUGGCGGUGGCGGUGGACGGCCACUUCCUGUGCCUGGCCCUGACCACCCAGUACAUCAUCCUGAACUACAGCACGGGCGCCGCCCAGGACCUCUUCCCCUACUGCAGCGAGGAGAAGCGCCCCAUCGUCAAGCGGAUAGGGAGGCAGGAGUUCCUCCUGGCGGGCCCGGGAGGACUGGGCAUGUUUGCCACCGUCGCUGGGAUUUCUCAGCGGGCUCCCGUGCACUGGUCAGAGAACGUGAUCGGGGCGGCCGUCUGCUUCCCCUACGUCCUGGCACUCGAUGACGAGUUCAUCACAGUCCACAGCAUGCUGGACCAGCAGCUGAAGCAGACCCUGCCCUUCAAGGAAGGCCACGUCCUGCAGGACUUUGAAGGUACCAGUUCACACGGAAACCGAAGAGUGAUUGUCGCCACAAGUAAAGGAGUUUACAUCUUGGUUCCAUUACCCCUGGAAAAACAAAUACAGGAUCUUCUAGCAAGCCACAGAGUGGAGGAGGCGUUGGUUUUAGCAAAAGGGGCCCGGAGGAACAUUCCAAAGGAGAAAUUUCAGGUGAUGUACAGAAGGAUUCUGCAACAGGCCGGGUUUAUACACUUUGCACAACUCCAGUUCCUGGAAGCUAAAGAGCUCUUCAGAAGCGGCCAGCUCGACGUCCGGGAGCUGAUCUCUCUCUACCCCUUCCUGUUGCCCACCACCUCCUCAUUCGCACGGUCUCACCCUCCUCUCCACGAGUACGCGGACCUGAACCAGCUGACGCAGGGGGACCAGGAGAAGGUCGCCAAGUGCAAGCGCUUCCUCAUGAGCUACUUGAACGAGGUCCGCAGCACAGAGGUGGCCAACGGCUACAAAGAGGACAUCGACACGGCCCUGCUCAAGCUGUAUGCGGAGGCCGACCACGACAGCCUGCUGGACCUGCUGGUCACCGAGAAUGCCUGCCUGCUGACAGACAGCGCCGCCUGGCUGGAGAAGCACCAGAAGUAUUUUGCACUUGGACUCCUCUACCACUAUAAUAACCAGGACGCAGCUGCAGUUCAGCUGUGGGUGAACAUCGUGAACGGGGAGAUUCACGACUCCACGCGCGCGGACCUGUACGACUACGUCGUGGACUUUCUCACCUACAGCCCGGACCAGGAGCUGGUGUGGAAGUACGCCGACUGGGUCUUGCAGAAAAGUGAGGAGGUUGGCGUUCAGGUUUUCACCAGGAGGCCUCUGGAGGAGCAGCAGAGCAGUUUUAACCCAGACGAUGUUCUCACUUGCCUUAAGAAAUACCCCAAGGCCCUUGUCAGAUACCUGGAACACCUGGUUAUGGACAGGAAGCUGCAGAGGGAGGAGUACCACACGCACCUGGCUGUCCUCUACCUGGACCAGGUGCUGCAGCAGAGGCCCGGGGCCAGCGGCCCGGGCGCCGACGUGACGGAGACCCAGGCGAAGCUGCGCCAGCUGCUGCAGAAGUCGGACAUGUACCGCGUGCACUUCCUGAUGGAGCGCGUGCAGGGCGCCGGCCUGCCCAUGGAGAGAGCCAUCCUGCACGGGAAGCUGGAGCAGCACGGACAGGCGCUGCGCACCCUGGCGCUCGAGCUGAAGGACUGCCGGGCGGCCGAGGACUACUGCCUGUGGCGCUCCGAGGGCCGGGAGCCGGCCUACCGCCAGCGGCUCUUCCACACGCUGCUGGCCCUCUACCUGGACGCCGGCGCCCAGGCCCCCGAGCUGGCCGUGGCCGCCGUGGACCUCCUGAACCGCCACGCCGCCGAGUUCGACGCCGCCCAGGUUCUGCCGCUGCUGCCGGGCGCCUGGUCGGUGCAGCUGCUCUGCCCGUUCCUGGCGGGGGCCGUGCGGGGCAGCGUCCACGCCAGGAGGACCGCCCAGGUGGCGCUCGGCCUGGCCAAGUCGGAGAACUUCAUCUACAAGUGCGAAAAGAUAAAGCUGAAAGGAAGCUCAGUUCGGCUCUCAGACAAACAGCUAUGCCAGAUGUGCCACAGUCCCUUCUGCGAGCCUGUGUUUGUCAGAUACCCAAACGGUGGCCUCGUCCAUACCCACUGUGCUGCCAGCAGACACACGAACCCCAGCUCCCCCAGCCCCGGCGCUCGGACUUGAAGGGGCCGCCGGGGGCGCCAGGGGGACUGUGAGCCCUUCACGCACCAAGCCUGCCGGAUGCAAGGAGCAGAAGGCCAUGGCUCCCUGCAAGCCAGGACGGGUGACAUCUGGGUGCCCAGGAGACUCAGUCAUUGUGAAGCAAGGACUCUUCCCUGCUGACCAGUUGGCAUUGAAUGUAAAUGGAAAACCCAAAAAGAGAGCCAUGCAAGAGCUUGCCUGCCCAGACACAUGGUCAUCCAGAGCAGAUGUCCACCUGGACAGAAAAGUGAGCCUUCCCAGUGCACUACACACAAACGCCCCCCCUCCCCCAUCUUCAGGGACACACUUGCACUGGAACAUUUGCUUCCCGGUGGCAUGCAGGUAACCCCUUUCUGGCCAGGGAAGUGGCCAGGGCCGAGUCCUGUGCUGGCACGUGCUCCUUCCACGGCACGGACACUGGGGUCCCAUCUGUUUCCUGAAGGACCUCGUGGGCUCUACUUGUGCCCUUGGCAUUGGCUGACCUUAGAGACGUGUUUCCUCUCCUUCCUGCUUCCCCUCUGGCUCUCAGCCCCUGAGAGAGUCCACUUUGCUCACCCAGGCACUCCCUUUGCUGCCCAGCAAGUGGCUGUCCCAAACCGAUGGAGCUUGAGAGAGAAACUGCCUGCCCGUCUGGGAGGCGCAAUGGAGACGGAGCCCGUGGGGUUAAGACCAGGCGAGUGCCCCUCACGGUCGUCAUCUGCUGGUCUGAAGCUCCAUGUCAACGUCCUCGACUAAACAUUUUUAUUUGAAGUAAUAUCAUCUUUGUAGAAUUUCACUUGUGUAGAAAAUCAUCUGUCAUAUAUGUUAGGGAUGUUUUUUCUUGUUAAAAUGUACCUCCUAUUGAAUACUCUGGAAAUUAAAAGGGAAAUGUUACGAGCACAAACCACACGUAUUUUCAGGAGAAGCCGGCUUUACCCUUGCACUCUCAGCAGGGCAGGCACUAGGUGGCAGCCGCCUCUGCUCGUGGUGAGGUGUCACCUUUCCUGCAGGUAAUGCCGCACACCCUUUCGAGGAAGUCUGGCCGGCUGCCUUACCUCCCAGCACUUUAAAAUGCCUGCUCUGAGGUCUCCAGAGCACCCAGGAAAAUGCCUGUCAUUCUUCAGACGUCAGAUUCGCUCUGUGGUUGCUGGACGUCAUGGAGAGGCUGAAGCUGCUGUUACUGCACUGCCCCCUUUCGCAUUUCUCCAUUUCGAUGAUUGAUUCUGUUAGGAACUAACAAUAAAGACAGUGUGCCUGGCAUAACCCUUGGAAACAAGCAUCAGCUCCCUGUGUGAGCAGAGGGCCCUGGAACCGCCCUCCGCUCAGCCUCGGCCUCGUGGAGGGGACCAAGCACUCGCUCGAGUCGUUAAGAAUGCUUUCUGUGCUAGGAACGGUCAGCGUUCCUUUCCUUUGUGAUCCCCACUGGGCCAAGAACACAGAGGCAGCCGCGCAUCUUUCCUGUGUCUCAAGAAUAGAUGGAGAAGUCCUCCCUGUAAUUCAGCCACGGGCCGCGCCAGCCGGUGUGGGUGCGAAGCCCAGCCGUGCGUUUCACCUGCGGUGAGUGUUGCAGAAUCACCGUUUCUGUGCGUGUUAUCAUUCAGCCUGUGAGCUUGGAUUCACCUUCCGAGAACAGGCGACUAGCCCGUGCAGUAUGCACUUUGAAAAGCACUGUUUCUCUCCUCAGAAUGGGCAAAACCUUGAAAAAGCCUUGUGCUUGCUCAUCCCUAACUUGGGGGCUCUAGUCUCUUUUUCCUCUGAACAUUGAUCAACACUUGGAAAUGUUUGUUUUCGUUUAGAAUAAUGGGAGUUAAAGGUGAACAGUUUUUCUGUCUCCGGAAUCCUCUUAAGACAGCAGAAUUCUAUGACACUGUGCAGAAUUACCUCCCGCGUUCAAAACCUUUCAAAAGGUUUCCUAACCCUCCUCGAAAUCCCACAGGCUCCUUUCCCAAAUCGUAUUUUGAAGAGGAACAGAUGGUUCUUUCUGCAAGCCUGCUGUUUUGUGGCUGUGCUGUGGACGAGAGCAGUUAGGACCAUGGCUCGGCCUUUCCCGUCGUCAGGUUCGGUGUAGCCGUUCUGGUUAAAACAGCGUGAACUGAACUCAGUUGUCAUCACUGUUCUAUGGCAAGACUAUUUAAUUUUAUGAACUGUUUAUCUGCUGUUCCAAUCAGGUAUUAACAGGAGGUGCCGUGUAGGCUGUGGCUGAGCUCAGGCCGGAAGGCCCUGCUUGGGGAGUGGCCCUGGGCCGUAGGUAGGGCUGACAUCUGUCACACGGCCGGGGCGGCUCUUGCUUUUUAAUCACUCUCCUAUGGAAGCUGUCAUCCUUGCAACUCUGUCCUCUGGCCCUGGUUGGGUCCCAAAUACAGAAGAUGUACAAAUGUAAACUUGUUGAUUUUAUUAAAAUUCUUUUAAUUCUUUGUUC